AUGGCGUUUGGCUACUCCAGACCCCUCUACCGUUACAUCGGGGGCGGCGCGGCCAGCCGACCGAGAGCCUCCAUAAUCGGCCGGACUGGAGCGGCGCGAGGCCCGCAUACCUGGUCCAGUGAGGCGCGAGCGCGGCCGUGCCCGGAGAGCGGAGCGGCGCCGACACACGCUCGACCCCAGAGACCGCCCCGCGCCCCGUGCCGUGCUCGUGCUCGGCGCGCCGUGCCCGUGUCUGACGGCACGCUGUCGUCGGUCGAGGACCAGCCGGCGGCGCCCGAGUGGAGCGCGCCCUCGGAGCGCGGCCCGCUGCACGCCAUGCUCGAGUUCAGCGCGGCGCCGGCCGUCUCCAGUUCCGGCUCAAUGCUCUCCUUCUUCAACAUGGACCCGACGCAGCAGGGCGCCUUCAUGCUGGGCAGCCCGCCGCUGGCCGCGCUGCACUCCAUGACGGAGAUGAAGCAGGCCAUGCUGCAAUACAGCAAGGCCAGCGGCAUCGGCAGUACCAGCAUCAGCAGCUCGGCGGGCACCCACACGGGCGGCGGCAGCGUGACCCCGACCAGCAGUGGCACCACCUCACCAGUCGCCAGCUCCAUCCCACACGGCAUCGACAGCAUCCUGAACCGACCCUCGCCGGGCCAGCUGGCGUUCGGGCCGCGGCUGGCUGCCGGCGGCGUCUACCUCAACAGCUCACCGCUCGGAAAACCACAGCUGGGAGAGUUCGGCCGGCCGUCGCCGCUGGCCUGGCCCGGCCUGCAGGGCAUGAUCCAGAACCCGGUCUUCUGGCGGGAGAGGUUCUCAGCGACCAACAACGCGUACGACCGAGAUGGUAAGAAGAAACACACGAGGCCUACGUUCAGCGGUCAGCAGAUCUUCGCUCUGGAGAAGACGUUCGAGCAGACCAAGUACCUGGCCGGCCCCGAGCGCGCCAAGCUCGCCUAUGCACUCGGCAUGACUGAGAGCCAGGUCAAGGUGUGGUUCCAGAACCGGCGGACCAAGUGGCGGAAGCGACACGCCGCUGAGAUGGCCACCGCCAAGAGGAAGCAGGAGGAGGCCGUGGAUGGAGCAGAAGCCGCCGACACCGCCGGAUGUUCCGACUCGGAGGAGGACCACGCCGCCAAGAAGAUCAAGUACGAGACGGACGAAUAGGUGACCACGCCGCCCUGACGCCGGGCCGGAGAUGCUGUUUAUUACUAGUCAUUGUUAUGUGUACAUAAGCAUGUUCAUAUGUUACCUUCGAGCGCGGUCGAGCGCGUGUUAGAUGCCGCGAUACUAGGGGGAGAGGGGAGGGGGGCGUUGGACCGCGGAGGGAGUCACUCGAAGCUGCAAUGUGUUCUUUGACAGAGUAUUGGUGCUCGCGCAGUUUCGGUGCUAGCGCGAUAUCCGGUGCUCGCGGUCGCGACGCUCGCGGGGGUCGGUGCUCGUGAGACGUGACCGUGUUUGGUGAUUGUGUCGGGAGAUUUGGACCCUCUCGGUUGACAGACCGCGCAGCGCUGGAUGAUACUUAUUGUCUUUGUCCUCCAGUGCCCAAGAGCCGCCGUUGUUGUACAUAGUAUACAGACAAUGUCAUCAAAACUUUUAUAUUAAGCCGUAGCGCCUGUCCAACCCUAUAGCGGCCAGUCAUGCAGCGCUACUCUCCCUCAAUGUGAUAUCCAGAAAUACGAUGUAAAUACGCCAAUAGAUUGAUGUUCGA